AUGCGGACAAUUGCCUUUACCACGGCGGUAGUGGCACUCACUGCGUCUGCCAACGCAUGGCUUCCUAAUGCCGAACCUCAUGCCAUGAACCAGCGUGACAAUGAAAUUUUUGUAUACCCUCUUCGAACAGAUUCAAACAACAAAAGGUGGCUUCCAGCGACCAAAAAGAUCCGAGGAGUAAACCUUGGAUCCCUCUUCAUCUAUGAGCCCUGGAUCGAUAGCCAAGAAUGGGCCAACACAGGUUGUGAGGGGGAAAAGUCCGAAUUUGACUGUGUCAUGAAUAAAGGACAAGAUAUUGCGGAUAAGAACUUUGAAGCUCAUUGGAAGCGCUGGAUUAAUCAAACUGAUCUCGACGAGAUGUUGAGCUAUGGUCUGAACACUAUUCGGGUGCCUUUAGGAUACUGGCUAAAGGAAGACCUUGUUGAUAAUUCAGAGCACUUCCCCAAGGGUGAUUUGGAAUACUUGACUCAACUCUGCGGUUGGGCAAGCGACCGAGGCUUGUAUAUCAUUCUCGACCUACACGGUGCCCCCGGUGCUCAAGAACCAAACCAGCCCUUUACGGGUCAAUAUGCUCCUACAGUUGGGUUCUACAGCGACUACAACUAUGAUCGCGCGAUCGAAUGGCUCGAGUGGAUGACCGAUAUAAUCCAUACCAAGAAAGAGUAUCGGAAUGUUGGCAUGCUUGAGCUCGUCAAUGAGCCGCUCAACUGGGACAAUGCUGUUGAUACGCUACGCAAGACCUAUUAUCCCAAGGCCUACAGUGCAAUUCGCGAGGUCGAGGAUAAACUCAGGGUCACCAGCAACGACCGUCUUCAUAUCCAAAUGAUGGGUUCUCUAUGGGGCAGUGGCAAGCCGACCGAGUUCCUCAGUGAUACCUCAUCCACGGCUUUUGAUGAUCGCCGAUACCUCAAGUGGGAUACUAGUGUUGAAGUUUCCCAUGAAGCUUACAUCGAGAAAUCUUGUUCCGAUGAUCGCAACACUGACGGCCCCACGAUCAUUGGCGAAUGGUCACUAGCUGUGCCCGAUAAUGUUGAGAAGACUGACGCUUGGAAUCCUCAGACCCAGAAGGAGUUUUAUACCAAGUGGUUCUCUGCCCAGGUGCACGCAUAUGAAAAUAAUACUCUCGGAUGGGUCUUUUGGACUUGGAAGGCAAAUCUUGGUGACGACUAUCGCUGGUCUUAUAGAGAUGCGGCGCGAGCCGGCGUAAUUCCCAAAGACCUCGACUCCCUUCUCGGUGUUUGUUGA